ACGCGAACCGUUCCUCGUUCGCGGCUCGCCCGACGCCCGCCACCAACAUGGCCCCCUAGAAGUGAAAUCGUGUACACUUGCAUCUUGUCCUCAUCGUGUUAGGAAUGUUGGUUGUGGGCUUAACGGGCGGUAUCGCUACCGGAAAGUCUACAGUGUCCACGCUCCUGCGUGCACACAAUAUCCCCAUUAUCGAUGCCGACGUCCUCGCACGUCAAGUCGUACUCCCCGGAACGCCAGCCCUGCAGAAGAUAGUCAAACACUUCGGGGGAGACAUCCUCCAACCCGACGGUUCGCUCGACCGCGCGAAGCUUGGCUCGGUCGUCUUCUCGGACGAGCGCCAGCGCAAGGUGCUGAACGGGAUUGUACAUCCUGCCGUACGUCGGGCUAUGCUCUGGAGCGUCCUCAGAUGCUGGUGGCAUGGCGAACCGCUGUGCGUUCUGGAUGUACCACUGCUGAUAGAAGGCGGACUCUGGCGGUUUGUUGAGACUGUGGUAGUAGUAUACUGCUCUCCGGAAAUCCAGCUUCAGCGACUUAUGGCGCGCGACCGCUCCAGCCGCGAGGCAGCCACGGGACGCCUGAACGCUCAGCUUCCCAUAGGCGAGAAAGUCGAUUACGCUGAUAUCGUCAUCGACAACUCUGGCUCGUUGCAAGAACUCGAGGGGCAGAUCGAAUCAUUAAUCACCAAAGUUCGCCGGAAGGCUGGCUGGUCAUGGAGGAUAAGUUGGCUCAUCCCGCCGUGGGGCCUGUUAUCUGCGCUGUCUGUACUUGUGUGGAAGGCUAUCAGAGGGAAGAAGACGGCGAAGAUGCGGACCAUUCGCCCAUGACAACUGUAUGACGCGUACCCGCUGCUUGUAUGCAUGCAGACUUCGCGACGGUGCGAGAUGUAUUACAACCACGGGAACUCUACCUCCAUUUUCGUUAUGGUUUAUUGUAGUCGUUCAAACACCAGAUGUACACAUAACAGGCCCGACUCACGCCUCUUAACACCGUAUUCAUUGCACAUUCGGUGACAUCCCACUCGAGGAGAUAUGAUCACACCGAGGACUGCUGAGAAAUAUC